ACUUGCUCCACCCAGGAUAUAAAAACCUCAUUUCUUAUUUUCUGUAGUACACUUCUUCACACAUUUUUUUCGUAGUCUUUUCUUGAGACAAAAAAACUCUACAUUUCUUCUAAUCACAUAGACUGUGAUAUGGUAGUCUUGAUGCAAAAGCUAAGCCAUUUCCUAAAAAACCCCUCCGAGCCGGCGACCCGCCGGAGCCCCGCCCUCGACCACCACGCUUCUUUGACGGAAUUCCGGUCCGGGGUAUCGAGUUUCUUGAAACAAAUCCAAUCAGAUCACCGGGGGGAGCCGCCGGAAUCAGAGUUUUGGACUCUGGGAAGGGUUCAAUCAUUCUUGGACGCGUUGUCUUUGGUUCACAAGUACUUCGAAAAGACGGUGGCGGCUGAUCUAGCACAACCGUCUGGCGGCGGCGACUGUUCUUGGGGCCAAGAAAUUACAGAAGAGUAUCUGAACUUCAGCUUUGAUCUUCUGGGGCUGUUGAAUUGCGUUAGCUCUUCCCUUUCUCACUUGAAUCAAGCUAGGGUAUCCCUUUCCAUUGGUCUUAGCCAUUCAGAUAUUUCAGCAAAGCAUCUCAGAAAAAUUCAGCCCAUGGAUCUCCAGGGAAAUUUCAAAGUUUCAGGGAUGAAGCAAGAAAGCACGGAUUACACAGACAAGAAAGAAAGAGUUAUUCAUGAAGCCAUGAAGAUCACAAAAGGCGUUUCUUUAUGGAUUUUGGGGGCAGUGCUAUCAGCGCUGUGUAGUGAUAUAAGGCCGUAUUUGGAAUUGAGAAAAUCAGCUCUUGAUUCAUCUGGUCAUGACGAGCCUUUACUGUUGGGGUUGGAUUGUAGAUUCAACCAGGAAGUCAUGGAGAAGAAGCAUAACGUCGUGAAGGAGGUGGGAGAGAUAAAUAAAACAGUUGCAGCCAUGCUCGCGGCGGCGGCUGCCGGAGAAGAUGUUGCCGGAGAACUGGGAAAACAAAUUCAGUUGUUUGAGGAGAGGUUGGAUGGAAUUCGACAGAAGAUUGAUUAUCUGUUUUUAGAAGUUUUGGCAGCAAGAAAUAGACUUGUUGAUGGCCUUCGAUUGACCGGCAAUAACUAGCUUGAUUUACAUAUCCGGAUUAUAUGUGUAUAACUUGAUUUAUGUACAAAACGUUUACGUAUUUUUGAGUAUUUUAUGAAAAUGUUAGAGAUGAAAGUGAUAUUAAUCCAUGCUCUGUAUUUUGACAUUUUUUUACAAGCGAGCUCAUGUCAUUGAAUUAUUGAAAUGAAUGGGUGUCUGAAAUUUAUUACGUUUCUACUUC